AUGGGGCCAUUCAAACCCAAGUUCGCCAUUAGACCCCCUCUCUGUCAAGCCCCUCCCAAAUCUUUUCUAACUUCAGAUGGUCUGGCCAAACACAAAAUAAAGAUGAACACGUGGUUGCAUGUGUUUUCAUAUUUGAGUCACGAGGAGCUAACUAGAUGUUGCAUGCUCGUUUGCAAGACUUGGUACAAAUGGUGCCUUUAUUCUCCUCUCUGGAAGAAGAUGGAUUUCAAAAGGAGGAAGAUUAAGCAGGUGGAUGUUGACUCCAUAGCAAGGCAUCAACCAGAAUGCUUGGAUCUCAGUCACACCAAUAUAAGCAGGCAGCAACUUACCUGGUUAGCUGGAAGACUUUUCAAUCUGCGUAGCUUGAAGCUAACAGCCUGUGCCUGGUCAGCUGUUAGUUGUCUCAACAACAACGGCAGUUUUUGUCCGCAGCUACGAGAGCUUGAUUUGUCUUGGGUGUCUGGGUGUUCUGAUUUGUUAUUGAAGGGUUUGUUGUCUGCAUCGGUUGACGAGAGGCCUGGUGUAGAUGCGUCGUUGUUGAGGUUGAGGAAUUGUGUCAAGUUGGUUCUAACUGGGUCAGAUAUCACUGAUGCGUCUGUUGAGUUGAUAGGUCAAACGUUGUUGAAGUUGGUUGAGUUGGAUGUAUCGUAUUGCCAGGGAGUUACCAGUAAAAGUAUUCAAUUCCUUUCAAAUUCAGCUGCAUAUAGCUCAACCACAACGUCGUCGUCGCCGUCACCUUCGGUACCUAAGCAAAAUAGUUCGACAAACAGCAAGAAUCAACUACAACAUCCGCAACAACAACAACCACCAAACAAACAGUUGAACAACAGAAGUCAUUAUAAACCGACACAACCUCAAACUGCACACAGAGCUCUAGCACACGACUGUACAACAACAUCGGCAUCAACAACUACACCUGCCUCAUCCAACUGGCAGCUUCAGCAACCACCCACAAACAACAUCAGUGAGCAACUAACAACACCUCAUAGAACAUCGCCAUCAUUAUUUCCUCUUCCUGAUUUAAAGUCACUCAUCUUAGUUGGCUGUCACUCCAUUGAUGUCACCUCUUUAAAUGAUGUAAGAAAUCUUAGACCUGAUCUUAAAAUAAUUAUAAAAAAUGCAUAAUUAUUCGUUAUUCAUUGAUCGUUUGAUAUGCAAGCGUUAAUUUUGGUAUAGGAAUUGAACUAUAGAACUUAAACGUUAUCUGACGUUAUUUAUUUUCUACCUCUUUUUGGUUACCCUUACAAUGGGAUGAACGAAAGGGCAAAACUAGUCUUAAAUUCCAUGAAUAUAUAUAUCUUAGACAUUAACCUGACUCACAAAUUUUUCAUUAUUUUAACAAAAGUCAUCGUCUUGUGAUAUUGCUAAGAUUUAUUUAAUUUUUUUUUUCAAAACCUUUUCUGUUAGGUAUAAAAUUACAACCCAGCUAAACAAUUUAUAGCAUGUAACGUGUGUUUUAAAUGUCAUUUCGUAAAUUAUUUUCAUUUCUUCUGUAUUUUUAAAUACAUUUAUACGGCAGCUAUUUUUUUUGAGUUGGGUAUUAGUUUUGUAAACUCAUAAGCAAACCUGACCACAAUUUGUUAUCUUGCAGAUUUAAAUAUAAAAAA